AUGGCUGAUGAUCAGAACAUGUCUGAUGUGCCGCUGAAAAGUGCACUGCCACGGAAGAGUGCAUUCUCAGCCCCAACUUUGUCAUACACGAAACAGCUCGAGGCCAGGGUAGCCCAGCUGGAAGAUGCUCUUUCCAAAGCUCGAGGCGAGCCCACAGACACAGACGUGCCUAAGGCGAGCUCUCCACUUUCGUUGGCAGAAUCUAGCUCGAGUGCUGGCCACAAGGUCAGAUCCGCUGGUGACGACUCGCGAGAAAUGGCGCGAGACUUUGAAGGCCUGAGUAUCGAAACCGAUGGAAGAAUAUCUUUUCAUGGACCGACCAGUCUGUUUCAAUUACCAAGUGGUCUACUGAGCGAGACGAAACCGACUGCUCUCGUGGUGCACGAGCUCCAAGCUCGCAAGGAGCGACUGGUUCAUAGUGCUUGGCGAGAACGAGCAUUCGAGCAAAUGGCUUCGAUUCCGGUACGAGAGAAUAAUGGAAACCGUGUGUUUGGGGUCCAAGUUGAAAUGCUAACAGAGACCGGAAUGCUCGAUCAGGAGCCUUUUCAAUACCUAUUAGACUCCCAUUGGUGUUGGAUUCAGCCUUUGUUCAACUUUAUCUAUCGGCCGGCCUUCACACGUGACAUGAAGAUACAAGGUCCAUAUUAUUCCGAUGCCUUGAUGAACGCCAUCCUCUCCCAUUCCGUGCGAUGGUGCAAGGCGGAGCCCCAGAUUGGUCCGCUUCUCGAUUCCUACGAAGGGGGUGCUCUAUUCUCUCGGCGGGCUGUCUCUGGGCUGUUUGAGAUUGUUCAGAGCGGACAAGCCAGUGUUCCUACUGUUCAGACACUACUGCUGCUUAGUGCGCAAGAAUGUGGGAAAGGUAACAGGACGCAAGCUUGGCUCUACAGCGGCAUGGCGUUUCGGAUGCUGGAGGAUCUCGGAAUCUCUAUUGACAGUCGCAAAUAUCUCGUGAAAGUUCUGACAGUGAAUCCAGUGGAUGAUACAUCGGAGGUCGAGAGCUGGGCCCCUCAUGGCGUCACUUUUCCAGAUGGGGCCCAUUACCCACCGACGCAAGCGCACUCGACUUCGUGCUUUAUCCAGAUGUGUGGUCUCGCAGAGGUCUUGAAUCAGAUUCUUAUUCACAUCUAUGAUCCCAUGCGUCAAAGUACCGAAGCUGAGUUCUUCGAUUGUGUUGGGGAACAAGCAAAGAACCUCAGCGACUGGUGGGAUGAACUACCUACUUAUUUGAAACUUGUGGCAGCGGACUUGCCUCCGUAUUCUCCGCCGAGCCAUAUAAUGACACUCAACCAUCUCGUACAGUGUCUGGCCUCGGCUACUUCGAUCCUCUCGCUGUUCGACCUCUAUCGCCGCACUUUUGGCGACAAUCACGUCGUCCUUUCGCUUGCAUACAGCAUUUACACCGCCGCUUCCAUCUUCUUGUUGGAAAUUCAAGCGCUCAAGUAUGCUGCACCAGGCACCCUAGAUAAGCUCAAAUUCUGCAUUGCUACGCUGGAGCGCAUCAAGAUUUCUAAUCCUGUCAUCACCACUGCCCUCGGACUCAUUUACCAAGAAGCGCGAAAGCUCCAGAUCGAUAUGCACCUUGUGCUUCCUCAUCGGCAUACUCACUCUGACUCGCAACAUCCUUCCAGUAGCGGCUCGGUGCACACACACUCGCAAUCAUACUCCCAACCUCAGUCAUCACAUCCAAGCCACCGCUCCCGUUCUACUCCUACCAGCAGCAACCAUUCUCGUCAUGUCUCUCCUGCUUUACAGCAGCAGCAACCACAACACCAACACCACCGCCACCAGCAGCAACAGCAGCAGCAACAACACCAAACUCAUCAUCAACAGCAUCAGCGACCACAAAGCCGUACCGCCAUGACCUCCCAUUCUGUCAGCUCCGACCCCACAGCAAACGCAUCCAUGAUUCCCGAAUAUCACACAUUCAGCUCACCAGGUGGAGCUUUCGGUCAGUCUCACAUUGGUGAAAUGCCUCAGAUGGUGCCAACACACCUUUUGGGUGGCAUGCCAAAUGCUCUCAUGACGGUGGAUAAUCAGAGUGGCUACGAAAUCACACCUGAGGUGUUUGAGGCAUUCUCGUAUGCACAACCAAUGUCAACGACGAUGGCCACUCCGUUCCAAGGCGAAUGGACGGGCCCACCACAUUGA